CUGACCGUGUUUGAGCACCACCAGCACCGAUGUCCAAUCCAGGUUAGCUCCGUCCUCCCCUGUCGAAGCAGUCCUCCUCCCCGCCCCCGGUUAGGCAAAUGGACGCGUUGAGCAGCGGCUGGGGCGUAUAAAUGGGACGGAGAGCCGACGACAGCCUGUAAUGCUGCGCCGGGUGCGGCAGUCUCUCCGCCGGCAGGUGCUGUUUCUGAUGGCCCGGAGACCGGUUCUCCUCUGCGGGGCUGUGGUACUCGGCGUCCUGCUCAUACUGGCCGUCAAGUUCACAUGCAGCCGUGCUAAGAAUGUUGUGGCAGCAGCUCGACCUCCGGUGCGAUUCUUCUCUGCCGAGGCCCCGGUAGUGGACCUUUACUUGGGCCAGCUAGACCAGGUGGAGCGUCUCCGGAGUGUGGCGGAGGUCUCUCUCAUAUUUUUCUACGCACCCUGGUGUGCUCACUCGAUGGCGGCCCGACAGGAAGUCCAGCAGGUGGCGAAGAAGCUUGCCAAACAGGUGCAGUUUGUGGCUGUUAACUGCUGGUGGAGUCAUGGAAAAUGCAGAAAGCAUAACCGCUUCUAUCAGUACCCGAUCAUCCAUCUGUUUUAUAGACGAUUUGGGCCUAUAGAGUACAAGGGUCCAUUUGUGGCUCCAUAUGUGGAAAGUUUCAUCCUCAGAGUCAUCACACCGCUCACUUACCUCCCAUCAAGAGCCACACUUGAAGAGUUUCUUUCCUGUCAUGAGCCUCGAGUGGUGGGUUUCUUCCAGUUUAAUUCCUCUCCUCAGCCGCCAGGGUACAUCACAUAUCUGUCCUCUGCCUUGCAGGCCUUAAAAAGGGAUUUCCGUGGUGUUGUACGUUUCGGGGUUGUAACCAGCAAACAAGUGGCAGAGGCCAUCUCACUAAAGGAAGAUGAAACAGUUUACCUUUACAGAAGAUUUAACUCCUCUUUGAUUUUCCCUCGAAACGAACGUAACUUCACACCAGAGGCUAUCUGUAGCUGGGUGUUUGAACACCACGAAACCGUCCUCCAGUGGCUACAGCCUCCAGGAACAAAGUCCCGUCUCCUGGAACAUGAACUCACUAAAGGUCCAGCACUACUGCUCUUCCUGCCACACAAUCCUCUCGGGUCCAAGCCUAGCCCUCUACUACAGCAGGUUGCAGACAUUGCUGUACGUUAUCAUUCCUGUGACAACAAUAACCACUCCAGUUUGGACAAAAGUUUCACCUCCCACUCACCAUGCUGCCAGUCAGUUCUUCUCCCAGAGUCUAGUACAAAUGUGUGUGAGGUGUGCCUCAGUUUAUCACAAUCAAGCCUGACCAGCUCCCCUGCGCACUGCUCUUUCUCUUUCACGACUCAAGGAGGUGACGUGUUGCAGUUUUAUCUAAGACACUGCUGCCUACACCGAUUACCUGCUGUGUCCAUAAAAACCACAACCUCAAUGGGCUGUAGUAACUUUCUGAACAGCUACAGCCCCUUCAGUCAAUACAGUGCCUGCUGCAGAAAAGUGGAACCUCAGUUCAAUGAAUCACAAGCCAAAGAGGAGCCAGACAUGCAAAGAGUUCCCCUUACACCUCCUCCUUCACCUCCAUCGUCUGCCCCUCAGCCGCGAGGAGACGGCAUCACAGGGCUCCGCUGUCAGACUAACAGGACGCUCAGGUUUUAUGUGCUGGACGUUGCUCUGAACUGGCCUCUGGCAGUGAGGCUCGGAGCGACAGGCAACAGAAGUGCUUCUCUUCACCAGGAGGCUGGUGCACAAAGUGAUGGAUCGUUCGCAGCUAUUGUGAACCUGAAGGAUGAGGUUCAUUAUGUUCUCCACCGCAGCCCAGCAACCACGCUGACAGAGUCUCUCGAGGCCUUCAUCAGGAACUUCAGUGCUCCGUACAGCCUCUUGCAGAGACACUUGGUGGGAGAAGAAGAAAAGAAAGGAGGGGAGGAGGAAACCAGACAUCCAGAUAGACACCAGCAAUCGCCUCCCCGCCUCCUCAUCACAGAACUGACCACCUCCUCCUUCCUGCCCUCCGUCAUGGACCUCCAAAAGGAUGUGCUACUGUUUUACUACACUCAGUGGUGUGGAUUUUGCUCCGUUCUCAACCACAUCAUCAUCCAGCUGGCCAGAUUAUUACAGGGAAACAGCAGCAUCACAGUUGCCAGGGUGAAUGUUGCACGCAAUGAUCUCCCAUGGGAGUUCAUGGUGGAUCAUGUUCCCUCUAUUCUUCUCUUUCCCAAAUACAGAAAACAUUUUAGUGUGAAGUUUCCCGACAACCUGCCCAUCACGUUACCCAACCUCCUUCGCUUUAUCCUGCAACACUCUGGCUCAGAGCAACAUGCAGACAAACCAGUGCCAGCUUCCAGCGAGGCGGAGGGUACAGGACCCACUGCCGUCCUCCGUGCAGAAUUUCUUGCGCUCCAGCAAGAGGUUCAAGCGCUGCGUCAUGCCCGCAAACGUCUCUCCCAACAGCUGGCGCAGCUGUGGCGCGACAACCGCCGACUGACAUUUGACACUCUGAGCUUAGAAGCACAGAACAUAGAGCUGCAGAGAGAAAGGCAAAGCUUAGAGGAGCAGUACCGCGAGAAAAGCCGGCAGCUCGGGGAGGCGGUGAAACGGCUGCAGGAGCUUGCGGACACUGCUGAAAACCUCCUGAAUGAGAACACACUGCUCAGGGUCCUGCUUAGGGCGCUGAAGGACAGGACGGAGGCUCAGGAGCAGGUAGAGGUGGAGAAAAAAGACGCAGAACAGAAAAGCCACAUGGCCUCCUGACCACAAGUCUGUAGGGAAUCCUGACAGUAACUCAGAUUAGAAGAAAAGAUGUGAUUAGACCUGAAACGUGCUGAAGCAGGAUGGAUUUCUGAGCAAAAUGAAGCCCAAAUGACGAGGCCGAGCAAAACCCAAUGAGCAACAUGACCUGAUGAUUUUUGUCAUGGUAGAGACAAAAUGAGGCUAAAAUGACAGCUGUGGUCUGUCAGCAGAAAAACUAAGACUGCUGCUAAGUCGGGACAGAAGAAGGAAACACUUGAGGUGGAUGAGUAGUGAGAGAACCAUCAGUGUUUGUUAGAGACAGAAUACUCUAAGGUGCUGUCGUAAUAGUGGGUUUGUCCACUUUGAGGAACACACUAUCGUGGUGAGUGCCAACUGUGCUUACAAAAUUGUCACUUCUGUUGAAGGGUGAAGACGUAACCUGAGUUAAACAUACGACACCGACCCUGCAGCCCAAUUCUUUACCUUCCCUGAAUUGUCGUUAUUCUCAUAAAGAAAGAGGAUUUUCAAAUGAUGGUAUAUUGAUUGAUAGCCAGAUGAAUGGUCAGCACACACAAGGAAAAGAUGAACAAAUCAAAAAACAGAGGAAGCUGAAGUUUCCCAUAGCUUUACUUCCACAGAUAAAUCCAGUAUAAUACACGAAUUGCAUCAGUGCAACAACAGUAUUGGGUUAUAGCCACAACUCUUUUGCUCUGUUUCUCUGUUUUUCACAGAAAUCAUGUUUUCAUGCUCCAGUUAAUCAAUGAAAUCUUUCCUUCCUGUAUUCCUGAAAGUGAAACAUGUAUCACUUCCUGAUGUUUCUCUGCAUUAAAGGCCCUCCUAUUUAAAGGAAGUAUACUGGAGAGGCUUUCAUUCAUGGCAGCUUGAUAUGGUUCGGGGUCGGGGAGGUAAAGUGACACCUGACAUGAAUCUGGCUGUAGGCUUUGGCAGUAUCUAUUUUUUCUAUAUGACAGUACACCAUUAAGCCUCUCCAGUUGAAUAAAUAAACAACAUAAAGACACAACAUGUCAAGAAAGUUAAUAUUUUUACACCGUUUUUGUUAAAAAAAUACAGAGAAAUACAACAGCCCAUCUGCUGAAUCCAAGUUUUUCUUUCGCAGGACCAAGAGUAGCUUAACUGCCGUGCUAACGAAUCACACGUCAUUUAAAUUUGACAGAAACAAAAUAAAACUCACCAAAACUAUCUCGAUUAGUCUUGUUUACUCAGUCACCUAGUUUGUUAGUGUACUGUUCCAACAAUCACCAACUCUGGUCUGAUCAAAGUAAGCCCUUAUUUCACCAAGUUAGAUGUGAAAAUAUGCCAUUCUUUUUUUUCUGCUGUUGCCGUCUGACUGUUAACAGUAUUUGAAUUUUUAAAUAUCCCACCGUACCGUUAAACAGUUAUACCGCCCAAGCCUAUCUGGCCGGACUGAUAUAAUGUGAACAUCAUGCUGAAUUUAUCAGGAGAAGGUUAACGGGGAGAAUAUUAGGAGUAAAGCCCUGGUAAAUAUAAAUGCCAUUAUUCUGCACUCAGCUGCUGCUACAAGCUGCCAGACGAUGAUGCUUUUCUCCCAACGGUCCUUUGUACCCUAAUAAAGUGAUCUUCAGCAGUAGGUAGUGCAUGACUUCAGGUUAGUGACGUAGAAUUUGGCUGCAGGGAGAGAGGGCUACUAAUGAAGCUGAGACUUAUUUAAUACUGAAGAAGUGGCACCUGCUCACUGAUCUGUAGGUGAGCUUAAGAGCACUUGAAAUAAUUUGCAAAAAGUUUCUUUUCUUUGUUGUUUUUUUUUAAGGGGAUAUUGUUCUUUUGUUAAACUGAUCUAUUUUUACAGGAAUCAAUGAGUCACUAAGAAAUUAUUUCUAUGUAACUAUUCAGGUAUUAAGAAUGAGAUGCUGCAAUUGUUUACAUGUGAAAUAUUGCACCUGUUUUUACUGAUUAAAAAUCUUCCAUCUUA